CUCCGUCGUGAGAGCUUCGCAGAACCCGGCCAGGAGUGCGGACGGUGGCGGAGAGGGGUCAUGAUUCCCGUCUUGGCGAUUACCCGGAGGGGGCUUUUGGGGGGCGCCUCGGGCUGCAGUCUUGCUCUGUCUCAGGGCGUGAAGACCGGUGUCCGGAGGCUUCAGGAGGUAGCAGACGAUGCAGCCAGUCCGGCGACUGAAGAGCCAGAGGUUGUACAGAAGAGUGACUUCAGCUUUUUCCCUCCGGUGCCAGGAAGAGAGAGUUCUCUGAGGUGGGCUGGAAAGAAGUUCGAAGAGAUCCCAAUAGUUCACAUCAAAGCAACAUAUAACAACACUCACGUCCUGGUGUCCUCGCAUGAGAACGUCCCGUUGGCCCUGUCUACCUGUGGCACCGAAGGGUUCAAGAAUGCGAAGAAGUCCAGUGGCAUUGCUGCACAGGCGGCUGGAAUCGCGGCAGCAAUAAAAGCCAAAGCGAAGGGCGUGUCCCACGUGCGAAUCGUGGUGAAGGGCCUGGGACCCGGGCGAAUGGCAGCCAUCAAAGGACUGACCAUGGGCGGCUUGGAGGUGAUCUCUCUUACGGACAACACCCCGAUUCCACACAAUGGCUGCCGGCCUCGGAAGGCACGGAGGCUGUGAAGCUGGGAGGCUGCAAGGCAAAGAGAAGACAAAGUCUGUGUCGUCGUGUUCCCCCGGAUGUCUGGUUCUGAGGGAGCAGUGUAGUCCUACCCCACCACUCCCUUCCAUGCAACUAUCAAAAUGGAGUCAGGCUCAAUUUUUGCCUCUAGAACAAGCAAGAGAGUUUUUCUUUUGUAAUCUUUUGAAUGAGAAACAUCUAUAAAGUCUUUAGGUUAAA